AUGUCUCAACCGGUCCCAAAGAGCAAGUUCUUCGGUGAUAUCUUCCCCACGAGGUUCUCGGCGCUCAUUUUCGUAGGCUACAUCGUUUUCUUCAUAGCCCAAUCAAUUCUGGUCAAAGCUUCACAAACGAACCGUUCCUACUCGUACAAUGUUACGUGCGUGGUUAUGCUGACAGAGCUCCUAAAACUAGUGUUGUCGACAUUCUUGUAUCUGAAUGACGAGCGAGCUCGUCAACGCCGAAUCCUGAGACACAUAUUCGGGGAGCCGAUUGUUUUGCUAAUUAUCGCCAACGGGGCCUUGUGCGGGAUCAUCGUGUCGGUGUUCCUCCGCAAUCUCAACUCGAUCCUAAAGACAUUCGCCGGUGCACUAGACUUAUCGUUCUCGGCAGUAUUGUGUUGGUUCAUGUUCUCAAUACCCAUCGACAUGCCGACGAUCGUGGCCAUAAGCAUAGUGUCGAUAGCGACUUAUUUAUACUCGCAAAAUCCUGUCGUCAACAAAGUCAAAGAGACCGAACCGAAAUCUACAUCCGAUAUUGACCUCAAGGAUGAACUCCUCGUUUCGCCCGUAUGA